CACCGCCUCUACGACUUCGCGAAGUCCGCCCUGAUCAAGAUCUUUGUCUCGCCCUACGCCACGGUCUGCGAUCUCUACUGUGGCCCUGCCGCCGACAUCGAUAAGUGGGAAGAUGUUCACAUUGGACACUACAUCGGAAUCGAUGAGACGUCUUCUGGGAUCAGUGAAGCUCGGGAGGUUUGGGAGAGUGAUCUGAAGCCUUACACCGCUGAAUUCUGCGAAUUCGAUCCUUCCGUUGAAAAUCUAGAGUUGCAUUUGCAAGAUAAAGGCGUCCCCGCAGACAUAGUGUGCUGUUUGCAGCAUGUGCAGGUUUGUUUUGAAAGCGAGGAGAGAGCAAGAAGCCUUUUACAGAAUGUGUCGGCUUUGCUUAGACCGGGGGGAUAUUUCUUUGGUAUUACUUUGGAUUCAUCUACUAUAUGGACAAAGUACCAAAAGAAUGUUGAAGCUUCUCACAAUAGGGGUUUGAAGCCUAAUGCGGUUCCAAAUUGUAUUAGAUCAGAAAACUAUGUCAUCACUUUUGAAGUCGAGGAAGAAAAAUUCCCUUUAUUUGGAAAGAAGUGUCAGCUGAAAUUUUCUGAUGAUAUGGCAUCUGAAAUUCAUUGUUUGGUGCAUUUUCCAAGCUUGAUCAGGUUGGCUAGAGAGGCUGGUUUGGAAUUCGUCGAGAUACAAAACUGGACCGAGUUCUAUGAUGAUAACCGAGCACAACUGGCAGGUAUACUCCAUAGUUAUGGUCCCCAUUUCGUGGAUCCCCGAGGAAAACUUCUCAUUCGUGCAUUUGAUGUGUUGGGUCUGUAUUCUACUUUUGUAUUUCAAAAGCCUGAUCCAGAUAUUGCUCCCCCGAUUUUCUCACCAAUGUUGCCUGAUGGAGAUGGCAUGUACGGAGAGCAGGAAUGGCAAAGACGGUCGGAGGCAGCUGUCGACCAUCCCAACCAAGAAAAGGGUAUCUUGGGUCCCGGUCCAGUCGAUCUAAGAUUGAUGGACCCGUUUAAGGGUGUUCCCUAA